CCCGCGCGGCGCUUAGUGCCAGGCGGAGGCGGCAGCGGUUAGAGGCUUCGCCCGGCUUUGCAGCGGGGACUUCGGCGGCGGCGGCGCCUCAGGCACCUCGGCCCUGACACGAUGAGGCGAGUGGUACGACAGAGCAAGUUUCGACAUGUGUUUGGGCAAGCGGUGAAAAAUGACCAGUGUUACGAUGACAUCCGGGUUUCUCGCGUGACCUGGGAUAGUUCCUUUUGCGCCGUCAAUCCCAGAUUUGUGGCCAUAAUCAUAGAAGCGAGUGGGGGAGGAGCGUUCUUGGUGCUUCCUUUGCACAAGACUGGUCGAAUUGACAAAUCCUACCCUACAGUAUGUGGCCACACAGGACCGGUGCUUGACAUAGACUGGUGCCCACAUAACGACCAAGUCAUAGCCAGUGGUUCGGAAGACUGCACAGUUAUGGUGUGGCAGAUCCCAGAAAACGGACUCACCCUUUCCCUGACAGAACCUGUGGUGAUUUUAGAAGGCCACUCGAAGAGGGUGGGCAUUGUGGCCUGGCAUCCAACUGCCCGCAACGUGCUUCUCAGCGCAGGCUGUGAUAAUGCAGUCAUCAUCUGGAAUGUGGGGACCGGGGAAGCCCUUCUAAACCUGGAUGACAUGCACUCAGACAUGAUUUACAAUGUGAGCUGGAACCGAACCGGCAGCCUGAUCUGCACAGCUUCCAAAGACAAGAAAGUGAGAGUCAUCGAUCCGAGGAAGCAGGAGAUUGUCGCUGAGAAGGAGAAAGCACAUGAAGGAGCAAGACCCAUGAGAGCCAUCUUUCUGGCUGAUGGGAAUGUCUUCACUACUGGUUUCAGCCGCAUGAGUGAGCGGCAGCUGGCUCUCUGGAAUCCGAAAAAUAUGCAAGAACCAAUUGCUCUUCAUGAAAUGGACACUAGCAAUGGGGUGUUGCUGCCUUUCUAUGACCCUGACACAAGUAUCAUUUACUUAUGUGGCAAGGGCGACAGCAGUAUCCGCUACUUCGAGAUCACGGAUGAGUCCCCAUAUGUCCACUACCUCAACACCUUCAGCAGCAAAGAGCCUCAGAGAGGAAUGGGGUACAUGCCCAAGAGGGGGCUGGAUGUGAACAAAUGUGAGAUUGCCAGAUUCUUCAAACUUCAUGAGAGAAAGUGCGAGCCCAUUAUCAUGACUGUUCCCAGGAAGUCUGACCUUUUCCAAGAUGACCUGUAUCCUGACACAGCAGGGCCAGAAGCUGCACUAGAAGCAGAAGAGUGGUUUGAGGGGAAGAACGCAGACCCAAUCCUCAUCUCCUUGAAGCACGGAUACAUUCCAGGCAAAAACAGGGAUCUCAAGGUGGUCAAGAAGAACAUUCUAGAUAACAAGCCCACUGCAAACAAGAAGUGCGACCUGAUAAACAUCCCCAAGAAAACCACAGACACGGCCAGUGUGCAAAAUGAAGCCAAGCUGGAUGAGAUUUUAAAAGAGAUCAAAUCCAUAAAAGACACAAUCUGCAAUCAAGAUGAGCGCAUUUCCAAGUUAGAACAGCAGAUGGCGAAGAUUGCAGCCUGAAGGUCCCACCCCACCCUUCCAAACACGGGAGCAAGGACUUUGCGCUUGGUAGCUGGUUGUUGGUGUGGUCCUUGGGAGGGACAGGGCGGCACUGCCAUUGGAGACGUCCCAUCUCAGAUUUGUCGACCAGCGAGAAGCCACAUUCCAAUGAGAGCCCAAUUCGUCUCCCCAAUUUGCAGAAACAAAACGUAAUUGAAAAGCCGAGCUUUUUCUCAAAAGGCUUUUUUGAUGUUUUAAGUGUUACGUGUGACUCGUUGAACUUUUAAAAGACAAAAGUGCUACUUUUAAAAAUCCCAGAUAAUUCCGAAUUUUAGAAAACAAACCAAGUCUGAUUCAGUGUCGUGCCCAAGUACCCUUUUUUUUACAAAUAGGGACCAAUGCCACAUUGCUUUUUAUAUUUCUUUUUUUAAUGUUGCCAAAACCAAAAGUAGCUUUUUUUUUUUCCAUUUGUAUUUUGCUACUUUGCAGUAUUUGUGUGUGGUUUUAUUUUUUUUCCUUAAUUUGAAAGGGACAGCACUGUGUAUGUUUAUAAACUAAAUGAAGAUAAGAUAUUAUUUUGUAUAAAUGUUCUUCUGAGAACAAUCAGAGCAGUAGCCACGUCGUGCCGGCUCCAUUGCAGCACAACCUUGGUCAUCUUUGUGCCUGUGCAGAAGGAAGAUUUAAAAAAUCACAUGGACCCGUAUUGCCACCCCCUUCUCAUUUCAUUGAGUCUUCUGAUCAAAAAACUUCAUAUCGUCUCUCUUCCUUUCUUUCUUCUAGAAAUUGGGUGGUUGUACCAGAACAGAGUUUUGCUUUUUGGUUAUCCUGUACUUCCGAUGAUUAUAAUCUAACCCAAAUUAGCACGUGUUUCUGCAGUUUUGUUACACACAUAGAAUCGAUUGCCUUCAUCACGUUAAGCAUCGUGUUUCAGGUUCUGGUCAAUACUUGACAAGGGUGCCCGGGACAAGAAGAUGUACACAGGGUGUCCAGUUCCUUCUUGCCCUUAUCAGCAGCUUGCCUAACUCUUGAGUACAGUGGCAGAGACUCAAAAUUGGGGCGCCUGGGGGGGGGCAUGUCAGCCCAGGGCAAUCCUAUUUUCCUGCCUGUCCCUUGCUGUCCCCGUGCUGUCCUGAAGAAAGGUGUGGCUCUCCUUUAACUCACACAGCUCCGUUUUUCCUCUUCCUCACGUGUGCGUAACCUCCUCGCUCAGGGCUCCCUCCAGUCGUUCCUCCUCCUUCCUGCCUUUCAGCCCUAAUUCACAUUCAGACAGAUGAGGCCAGAGGGUGCUGUUGAAUGUCGAGACUGAGGAGAAUGGUCUAGAAAGAAGCAAGACCUGGAGCGCAGACCUUGCUGCAGCUCUGACUAAAAACGUGUCCAUUUGUGCCCACUGCACAAACGCACGCCUUUCAGCUCUCCCAGAGAUUCCCAGCCUGCAGGGCCAGGGACAGCUCUGACCACCUGUCUGUUCCUGGGUUCACUGAACUUCCCCCGAUUUCCAGCUUUCUCAUAUUGCAUGCUUGGGAAACAAGACGUAAGAACCCUCUGUUUUGGAAGGGUUGAGUGCUUGCCCGAGAAAUAUCUAAUGCCAUGGGGACCAUGAGGGACUCUUUUGCAUAUGCCUGUGCUGGUGUGGGGAUGGGGCUGGCUGGAAGUGUCUGUACAGGGGAUCAGGGUGGAGGCUGGGGAUUGUGGUUGUGGGUUUGCAUGGUGGUCAGCAGAGCUGCAGUUAAUGUCCUUGCAGAAAAGGUACCGCGUGCUUAACCUAUACUGAGAUUGCUGUCUCCACAAUUUCAGGGCAUCUGAACAUUUGAUAGGGUUUUGUGUGUGUGUGUAUGUGUGUGUGUGUGUUUAAUAUUGAAGUGGAUAGUAAGAUGUGAAGGAAACAAUAAUUACAGUGACUUAUAUUCAAACCUGUAUAUGUUUCUUUAUCAACGUAAUCUGCUGAGGACCUUCAUGUUUAAGAUUCAGAAUGUUUUAAGGUUCUGGUCUCAUAUUUAAUUAAGUAAACGGAAUUGUCGUUGACAGUGGUGACACACCAUAAGGCAUGUGGCCCGAGGAGAAGAGGGAGGGCAGGAAUGUCACCGUGGUCUUAGUUUGUAGCCUGUGACUGAUUUAAUGAAUGGACGCCCAGCCAGGCUCAGAUCGGUGCCUGCAGCAUUGUGGGUUUUUUCUUUCCUGUUUUGUCUUGUGUUUUUUUGUUUGUCUGUUUUAAAGCCGUGCUAUCCCAGAGGAGAACCAGUGAAUUACUCCUAGAUCGGCUCUUAUAGAGCGGCCAUCGUUACUCUGUCAAAAGACUUGCUUCCAUUUUCAAAGAUAAAAAUCAUUGAUUACAAAA